GGGGUUAUGUAGUGAGAGAGAUUUCCGCAUGUUAUCCGGAGGGUUUAGCACAGAAGCUGUGAAUGAAGUAAAGCACAUUCCAGAUACAAGGUUAGUUGCAAUGACAAAGAAGGAAACAAAUGGUUUGUCAAUAUGGAGGUUAGGGGAUUGUACUACAGACUUGAUUGAUGAAUGUGAGAAAAUUGAAAAUGCCAACCACAUCAGCAAGUCUGCCACAUUGGAUUGUAGCUCUGACCAAGUUGUGUUUGGUUCGAGACUGAAUGAUAUCUGCCUGGUGGACACAUCAACCAAUAAGGUUACAGGACACAGUCAAAAUUUUCUGGCUGACGAUUGUCUGAACAAGUUAUUUCUGUUGGAUGACCAUGUUUUACUGGCAUGCUGCCAGAAAAACUGUAAAGUGUGGAGGCUAGAUCUGCGAGAAGGGUUACACAAAGGAGAGUGCUUAUAUUCUAGGGAGACAACCUCUACUGCCAUCACAGAUCAGACUUGCAGCUACUGGACUUACGAUAUUGAGAAGAGUGCGGGAUGCAUAAGCGAGUCAUCAGGAGUCCUCUCCCUUGGACCUGGAGGGAAUGUGGUGAAAGUGGAUUUACGAAAUGCAAAGAAAAGUGCGUUUCUUGUGAAGCUAGCUGGAAUGACAUCUUGCGAUUCACACGAGGAGGAAUGCUAUGGAAUGCUAAAAACUUCUCCUACUCACAAAGAUGUUGUGUCAGUGUCUGGACUGGACCACUCUAUUCAUGUGUACAGUUUCAAUAACAUGGUGGACGGAUCAGUCAUCCAAUCACAUUUCACUCAUGAUGGUCACAUGGCCUGCAGCAACCAAUCAAAAACAGUUACUGUAACAGCUCAUAUUUGGCAUCCAUGGCAACCAGAUCUGAUUUUGUCUUCAGGCUCAGAUGGUUCACUCCAUGCUUGGCAGAGGGAGGGAACAUGAUCCUAAAAUCUAGACCAACGUUGAAAACAUGUUCAUUGGGUCUAACUCGAUGCACCCUCUAAAAUGGGGUCCCAAUUGGGGUUUAGAUAGAAGGUUUAUUGCAAUAAAACUUGCAAUACAUGUAAUUUAAAAUGCCUG